GCGUCCUUCAGCUCGUCGUGUAUCUCGUUCAAUCAAUGCUUUUUUUCUGUGGUGUGGGGUAGUUGUGUGGCGUGGACGAAUUUCUAGUCGAAUAAAAUUAAAUAUCUUAACAAAGUACACCUGAUAUAGGUUGUACAUAUAAAAUGGCGAAUGAACUUAAGGAAAUUACUGAUAUCGUUAAAAAAUGCAAAAUCUUGCUUUUGGACAUCGAAGGGACAACAACAUCGAUCAGCUUUGUUAAGGAUAAGUUAUUCCCGUACGCGGAGGAGAAGGUGCAGCAGUUCCUGGAGAGCCAGUGGGAUGUUGCGGAGGUGAAGACGGCGGUGGACGCGCUGCGGCAGCUGGCGCUUGAGGACAAGGAGAGCAGUGUCGAUGGAGUCGUCGCUAUACCCGGAGAGGAUGCGACAAAGGAGGAGCAGAUCGAAGGGUUGGUGAAGAGUGUCAAGUGGCAGAUGUCCGCUGAUCGAAAGGCGGGGCCGCUCAAGCAGCUGCAGGGUCUUAUCUGGAAGCAGGGCUAUGAUAGCGGCGAUAUUAAGGGACAUGUAUACGACGAUGUAUCAGCGGCCCUCGAGCAAUGGAAGUCCGUCGACGGUCAGAAAGUAUACAUCUACUCGUCGGGUUCAGUGCAGGCUCAGAAGUUGCUCUUCGGUCAGUCCCAGGCUGGAGACCUGCUGCCAUAUAUUGAAGGUCACUUCGAUACAGCAGUGGGCGCGAAGCAAGAGCCCGCCAGCUACACUGCGAUCGUCGAGAAGAUCGGCUGCAAACCUGAUGAAAUACUCUUCCUUACUGAUAUUGUUAAAGAGGCGGAGGCAGCUCGCAGUGCGGGUCUGCACGCGGCGCUGGUGAGCCGCGAGGGCAACGCGCCGCUGCCCGCGGAGGCCGGCGCCGCAUUCACCGUGCUGCACAGCCUCGCGCAGCUCGCCUCCAACAAGCGCAAGACUGAGCCGCAGGAAGAACUACCCUCUAAGAUUGCGAAAACUGACAACGAAGACGAUGUUAAGAAAUUAACAGACACUAAGCCUGCCGAAACGAAAAACGAAGAGCCAGUAACUGAGGCGGCGGAAAAAAUGGAAGUGGAAGAAUCUGCACCCGCAGAAGAAACUAAGGAAGUCAAAGCAGAUGAAAAGAAAGAAGAACCUAAACCCGACGUGGUAGAAACUAUUGUUGAAGAAGUUACUGACGCUAAUGUAACAGAUAUUCCUAUUGCUGAUGUAGAACCCAUUAUUGACGAACAAGUUGAAAAGACUGACGAGACUGUUGAAAAAAUGGAAACUGAUUCUGCUGAAAAAGAAGAAUCAGCAACAACUGUGCCAAAAGAAAAAGAAGAUAAAGUUGAGACUGAAGUAGAGAAGAAGCCAAAGGAGCCAGCUCCUAGCGUUGAAGAAUCCCCGCCUACUGUUAUCACAGAAAUUGAAGACGUAACCAAUGAUAAAGCUCUUGGAGAUGCUGAAGAAAUUAUUGAUGAUAUCGAACCAGUAGUAGAAGAACCAACUUCCACUGAAGAUAUGGAGGUAUUACAAAGUGCUGGUGAAGUACUGGAAAAGGAAUGUGAUGAGAUAUUAUCAAAAGUUCAAAACGUCACUAAUCUAGACACAAUACCCGUGAAACCUUUACUUACUCCUAUCACCGAGGAAACCAUGGAAACGUCGACUUUAGAUAACGACAUUGUUGAUAGAAUAUUGGAUACAGAAAUAGAUCUUGAAAUGAAAAAAUGUGACGCUGACGAGGGUAAAGAAGCAGCUGAAACAAAAUCAUCGACAGAAACAAAGACAGAAAUCGUACAAGAGAAAGCACCAGCUUCUGUAGAGGAUAGUAAUGCUGAAUCUACAAAGAUUCCAGAAGAGAAGGUAACCGAAACUAAGAAAGAAGAUAGCAAUGAAAAAAGCACAGACAAAGAGGUACCAGAUGUUAGUAAAACGGAGACAAAAGAUGAAAGUAAAAAGGAAGAAACAAAGACAACUGGAACUGAGAAUGACGCGGCACCAGAUGUACCUGCAGAACAGAAGUUACCUGAGAUAAGCCCAGACAAUGAUACAAAAGUUGCUGUGGAAUCGAAAGACAAUGCUGUAGUGGAGGAAGUCAAGGCGGAGACCGAAACAGUCGAGACACAACUUAAUGGCAAAACUAAUGGAGAAACUGAGGUAAGUUUGAAUGGUGACGCUAGCAAAGAUGAGGAACUAAGUUCUCGAUUGUCAGCCGAGAACGGUAAGAAGGAGGAAGUAAAUGGUUCUAACGGGGACGCUGUGGCUACUGAAAAAGUGGAAGAGGAAAAGAAAGUAGAGGCCGAAGUAUCCGAUAUCAAAGUGAAGACAGUGCCCACCGAGGAGACCCGCAACGAUCCUAUAGAACAACCUACGGAAGCGUAAAAUAGUGAGUGCGGCACACAUUCUGCAGAGCGUCGUAGCGUUGGCUCACAUCAGAUUGUCAAGACUGAGGUUUUGCUUCCACGCUCACGGACAUCAUUUCCUAGUUCUAUGUAAUACGUGUAUUGAGAUUCACCGUGUACCAGCGCGGCGACCGUCUCGUACAUUGUACACUCCUAUCUACUAUACUACAACCCCCCACACGACACCCCCCCACCACCCCCAUAAGUCCGCUUACUAAAUAUUACGCAUAUUCAAUAAUAAUUAGUAAGUAUAAUUGAGUAAGUUAUGUCUAAGCUAUGUUUAAAUUGUAUUUAAAAUUUGACUACUCACUAUCUGAUUUGUCUUAAACGUAUUUAAGUUUAUUUGACAUUUUAAAAUCAAGAUAAGCUCCUAAACUUGACUGAUAUUUUGUGUUGUAUAUAACAAAAAUUGAGCCUUUAAUUUUACUACAUUCACCAAAAUAGGAAACUUCAAGUACUUAAUGAUUAUAAAUAGAUUAAAAAUUGUAGAAAAGAUUCCUUUCAGUCAAUAUGAACAUAAAAAAAUGAUUUAUGUUGGACUUUGUUAUCAUAAUGUCGAGCCGUUUAUGACAAAUCAUUUAGUGUACGGUAAUUUUCAUAUAAAAUACCAGUAUUUGUACUAGUUAGUAUCAUUUAGAUGUAGUCGAGACAUUUCAUAUUCUAAUUAUAUUUUGAAUCCGUUUUUAUUUUUAGUCUGUAAUUUGACAUUUUUGUAUAUGCAUUUUUGUAUUCACUUAUUUAUAAAAAAGACAUUCCUUAAAGUUCUAUAAAUACUAAAUAACUGAUUUAAAUUGAUGCCAAAUUUGUUCAAUAUCUAAGAAUUGCCCCAAUAAAUAUGGUGGUUAUAUUUUAGGUUCGAAUUAUAUGAAAGUUUGAAGCGCUAAUCAGUUUUUAACACGAUUAAUUAAAUACAUAAUAUUAAGUAGAAUUAAAUUAGUAUUUAAGCGGUCUCUUAUACAAGACAAGUCGAUUUGCUUUUAAUUGCGUCAAGAAGGAAAUUGAACGCCAUAGUGUGU